GCAGGCCGCAAGGGGCGGGCCGGGCCCAGGCGCGGGGGCCGCCGGGAGGCCGAGGGCGCCCGGCUGGGGACGGCGGCUCCAUGAGCUGCCAGGUGACGGUGCUGUACUUUGCCAGGAGCGCGGAGCUGGUGGGGCUGCGCUCCGAGAGCGUCUCUGUGCCGCAGCGGAUCACCUCCCUGCAGCUCUGGGAAGAGAUUGUUAAGAUUCAUCCCAGGCUUGCUGUCAUCCGGGAUCAAGUGGUUUUUGCUGUUCGGCAGGAGUACGUGCUUCUUGGAGAUCAGCUUCUGGUCCUGCAGACAGGAGACGAAGUUGCCAUCAUCCCACCAAUUAGUGGAGGCUGAGUCUGUGCAAGUUCUGUUA